AUGAAAGAGGACGAAGGAUACGAAGAAGCAAGAAAACUCCUCAAAGAACGUUAUGGAAAGGAGUACCGGGUCGCCGCCGCCCACCUUCAACGGCUGGUCGACGGUCCACCAAUCAAGAGCGAAGAUGCGAACGCCCUUCAGCAAUUCUCGAUACAACUAACCAGUUGCACAAACACGCUGGAGAAGAUUGGAUACCUACAUAAGCUAAAUAACUCGGAAAAUCUGAAAAGGAUAGUCGAACGCCUACCCUACGCGAUGAGAGUCAAAUGGCGAGACACAGUAGAUCGGAUCGUUGAAAUACAACAGCGCGAUGUCACAAUAAAGGACAUUAACAAAUUUGUAACUGCCAAGGCAAGAGCUGCAAAUCAUCCAGUCUUCGGAAAGAUCGCCAUAGAGAAACCCAAGCCGCUCAAGCAGAAUCAGAGGACAUCACAAUAUGGAAAGGCUACAGAAGAGAAAAUUCCGGAGGAUCGUCGCUCUGAAGAUAAUCAUUCCGAAACACAAGGUAACAACGCCAACAAUGGUUACGUCAAGUCUAAGCCCGGUGGUAGUUCUCCAAUCACAGGACUCGCAAUCGUACCUAUCGAAGUGAAAGCUAAAGGAAGCUCGAAGACGGUAAAAACUUACGCGUUCCUCGAUUCAGGCUCGAAUACCACCUUCUGCACCGAAAAAUUGCUUGAAGAACUCGAGAUCCACGGUACAAAGACGAAGCUGUCAUUGACGACGAUGCAAGCCGAAAAUGUUCCGGAACAAUGUACAAUGGUUAGCCUGGAGAUCUUGGACCUCGCGGGCAACUCUGAAAUCAACCUCCCAACGGUGUAUUCAAGGCCGAACUUGCCGAUUCCGAAAGACGCCAUUGGAAGGCAAGAAGAUGUAAAUCGCUGGCCCUAUCUAACUGGAAUCAGAAUAAAUUCAAUCGACGCAGACAUUGGACUGCUUAUUGGUAGCGAUGUCCCGGAAGCUCUCCAACCUCGUGAAAUGCGACAAAGUCAGAACGGUGGUCCAUUUGCAACCCGAACGGCCCUUGGAUGGGUCCUGAAUGGUCCAUUAGGCAGAAACGGAACGAAAACUUCGACGGCGAACCUAGCUCAAGCUAAUCUAACCUCGGACGAAAAAUUCGAAAACUACUGCAACUACGAAUUUAAUGAUUACAAAUAUGAUACUAACCCAACAAUGUCUCAGAACGAUCGAAAGGCUCUCGGCAUCAUGGAAGAAUCGGUUAAGAUGGAAAAUGGCCAUUACGAGAUUGCGCUCCCGUGGAAAAACUAUCCACCAGACCUACCUAACAAUAAAACCUAA